CGGCGGCGAGCGGUCGACGUGGAAGCCCCGUAGAGGCGACUUCCGGGUUCACGGCGGCGGCGCCGUGGCCAAGAAGCAGGAGGGGGGCCUGCGGGGUGUCUCUGAGGAGAAGCGGCGCAAGAGAGCUUCUCAGCCAUGGGUGGCUUUUUUUCAACUAUCUUUUCCAGUUUAUUUGGUACCCGGGAGAUGCGAAUAUUAAUUUUGGGAUUAGACGGUGCAGGGAAGACUACAAUUCUCUACCGGUUACAAGUUGGAGAAGUUGUGACUACCAUUCCUACAAUUGGUUUCAAUGUUGAGACAGUAACCUACAAGAAUCUGAAGUUUCAAGUUUGGGACUUGGGAGGACAGACAAGUAUCAGGCCAUAUUGGCGGUGUUACUAUUCCAAUACAGAUGCAGUCAUCUAUGUAGUAGACAGCUGUGACAGAGACAGAAUUGGAAUUUCAAAGUCUGAGCUUGUUGCCAUGUUGGAGGAAGAAGAACUAAAGAAAGCCAUUUUAGUGGUGUUUGCAAACAAACAAGACAUGGAACAGGCUAUGACUCCCACAGAAAUGGCAAAUGCACUUGGACUUCCAGCUCUGAAGGAUCGGAAGUGGCAGAUAUUCAAAACAUCUGCAACCAAAGGCACUGGACUUGAUGAGGCAAUGGAGUGGUUGGUGGAAACCUUGAAGAGCAGACAGUGAAAUGGACCUGAAGUUUCCCUUUAAGAGUCAUGUGAAUUAAUGCAAUGCUGUAAAUAGGACUGACAGAAUAUUGGCUUUGAAAGCAUUGGGUUUUCUUUGCAUUGUAAAUCACACUGAACCAACUGAAUGUUUGUCCCUAUACUAUGAUCCAAAUAUUCAGUUUCUUUUAUCUUGUGUAAGUUAUGUAUGUAACAUCAAUUUUUAUGGCAGACGUAUAACUGAAGAUUGACCAUAAGAAUAAAUAAUUGGAAUAAACCUUUGUUACUUGGAAUUCUAAGUGUUUAAAACUAUUUAACACUAAUAAAUAUAUUUAACUAUCA